AUGCCUCAAAAUUAUGAGUUUUAUGAUUAUCUGUACAAUCUUGCUCUACCUUGCAUCUAUUAUCCGACAUUUUCUAAGUUAUCUAAGAGCAAUUCAACUCUGACUAAUGCUUUAAGAGCAGCAUUUGUACAGGUGGAGAAUCAACAUCCAGGAUUUAGCGAACAGUUUAUCAUUCGCUUGUUACAGCGUCUUGGAGUCAACGAUGAUAUAAAUCUUCCAGAGACAUACCUUAGAAUUGCUGGUUUACACACUCAACUUUGUGAAAGCAUGGAGAAUAAAGGGAUUAAUCGGAUCGAAAUUUUUGCCAACGUUUUGAAGUUGUGUUUAAGUAAAAUACCGGACGAGAUAUCUAUUUUUAGAGAGAUUACAGAGAUAACAGAUAAAUUUUUGGAAUCGUUACACUGUCAUGAUAAACAGAUCUUGCAACAAAGAGCGCUGUGCAAUCUUAAGUUUGAGUUUAUUCGGUCAUGUAAGCGAUUCAGCGAAACCUUAAAAGCAUAUAACCGUGAUGAAAAAUCUUGAUCGUAUUAUCUUCGGCUGUAUAACCUAGUAAUGUUAUUCUUUCAGUUAUUUUGAAUAAUUUUUAAUCAUAAUUUUCCUUUUUAAAGCAGUGCUAAAACUAAACAAUCCGUUUCGAAUUUAUUAGUAGGAAGUACGAAUGGAUAACGUUUGUCUGGAGGUUAUACAAAAUAUCGGCUACAUUGGUUUGAACGUAACAGAGAGAUAACAACUUAGGCUAACAUACAUGUUCUUGAUCACAUAUGCUCACAUCUACAAACAUCCAUAUUAUAAACAAAAGUAAAGGAGAAUUAUUAUAGGCCUCAAUAUUAGUCUGUACGACAAUUAUGUUAAUUCAGAGUCUUACUUAACUUGAAUAUGUACAAACUUGUGUAUGGGAAAAAGAUAAAAUACUGUACAACAUGUUUAUCUAUAUAUGUAAAUGUGCCAAUUAACUGCUAGAGGAAAUCAUGCUUCUAUUUUAUCUUCCGACAGUCUAAAAUGUUAAUUUAGAGCCAAACUGAUUCCUAACAUGGAGUAAAUUCAUUAAAAAACAGAUAUUUCAAACAUCAGGAAGAACUACAAAAUUAUUGCUCUUUCUCCUAUCCUUGGAUUUAAAUCACAUUUCUUUUCAAUUUAUUUAUUGAUAUGCCCUAGGGUCUAAUUUAGGGUUCUUAAAUCGAUUUUCCAUCCAUCUCAUUUUUGGUGUACUAUCUUAAACUACUUGUUAAUAUCCAGUAACCAGUACCAUUUCUAGUAAUUUCCAAACAUGUGAUCUAACAACAUUAGCUGUGUGAUAUUUUUAAGUAUUUAUACAAACCAGUAUCUAUUAUCGUAAUUACAUUCUCUCUACCUUUGUAACGGUUAUCUCCAGAUCUCGUACAUUAAUCUAUUCUUUGUUCAAACGCAGCAGCUCCCAUAUCAGUGUGCACAUAGUCCUAGGUGGGCUUCUAUGAUGCUAGGAUAUGACUUCGAAUUACUGUACAAGCUGUCAGCUCGUAUGGGUCAUGCAGAUGGGUUGUCAAGGUUAAUUGCUAAUAACCGCAAGUCAGAGGAAGAUAGCGUGGUUGCUUCUAUGUCACUUGAGCCGGAAAUAAAAAGAGUGUUCUGU